GCGGCACGGCCCUGUCGGAGCACCGCCCGGACCUGUUCAACAUCACCCGCCAGACUCGGACGCCACAGGGCGUCCGCAAGCACGAGAAUCUCAACCGCGAGCAGGGCCUGACUGGCACAUCCGCAGUUGCUUUGCAGACGGAGGAGAGGGAGACGAAGUUGCACUCGCUCGCCGCGGAGCGGCGUCAAGGAUGCAGGCUGGGCGCGCUAUGCUUCAACCUUGGCUACGAGCUGGGCCCGGGGCGCGCGCGACGCCGUUUCGUCGACGACGGGUUCGCCCCGCAGCUGCCCACGCUCGAUGUGCCCUGGGCCACGGCUCUCGACGACAAGCUCGGCGUGCCCGGGAUUAGCGACACUCCAAACGAAGACGACGAGCACGUGGAUGAAACGGUCAUGUCUCAGCAACAAUAA